AUGAGUUUAAAUAGUUGUAAAUUGAAUAUUUCAAAUUGGUACAGGAUUAGACAACAACGGCCCAAUCAACAUACAUCAAAUUUUAAUAGUUUUAGAAAUAGCUAUUGUACAACCAACAAUAGUAGUAACAACAGUAACACUAAUACUAACGCUAGUAACAGCAACAGCAGCAAUAGUAGUAAUGGAAGUCAUAACCAACACAAUGAGAAAGUAGUUGUAGACGAUGUACAUAAUAAACACUUUAUAAAUAAUGAGUGGAUGGAGAAAAGAGUGAAUCCCUUCAUCUCAAUUAGAACCGGUAGAAUAUUGACAGCGGUGACAUGUACAUUGGCAUUUUAUUUAUCGAUUGUAUCUGAAUAUGAUGAUGAAGGUAAAGAAACUGUUGUAACGGGUAUUAGAAAUUAUCAUGAUAAAAUAGUUUCGGAAUGGCUGGGAUUCGAUGUUAGAAAAUCAUUCAAGGAUUUCGAUAGUUCAAUGAGAGAUGUCAUCACUGUUAAGCCGAUGGAAGAGAAAUUCUCACAGGAGGCAAUCGAUUUAGUUAAUCAAAUGAAACAACAAAGUGGAUCCACUGCACCAAUUACAACCACUAAAGAAUCAACAACAGCAACAACUACAACUCUUGUAACACCAAUAAAUGCUAUUGAUAAUGAUAGCAAACAGAGCACAAAGAAACUAUCGGAAGCAGAUAGAAUCGAUCAACUGAUGAGAAAAUCAAGAAAUGAAACUUCGAAAUGGGAACAACAAAUGGAUAUCGCUUUUGAAACACUAAAUGCAGCUAGAGAGCUCAAACAAAGUGAAAAGAAUAGUAGCAACAAAAACAACAACAAUAUAAAUAAUAUCAAUGUAAAUCUAGAGAAAUAA